GUCGUCACGUCACCACCAGCAACAACAGCAGCGUCGGAAUCCACCGCAUCCGUCGUCCAUCCAUGGCUGCCACGAUGGCCCUCUCCUCCCCAUCGCUCGCCGGGAAGGCGGUGAAGCUCGCCCCCUCGGUCUCCGAGAUCCUGGGCGAGGGUCGGGUCACCAUGCGCAAGAGCGCCGCCAAGGCGAAGCCCGCCGCUGCCUCCGGCAGCCCCUGGUACGGCCCCGAUCGCGUCAAAUACUUGGGCCCGUUCUCGGGCGAGCCUCCCUCCUACCUGACCGGAGAGUUCCCCGGGGACUACGGGUGGGACACCGCGGGGCUCUCCGCUGACCCCGAGACCUUCGCCAAGAACCGGGAGCUGGAAGUGAUCCACUCCCGGUGGGCGAUGCUGGGCGCGCUCGGUUGCGUCUUUCCGGAGCUGCUCUCCCGGAACGGGGUCAAAUUCGGGGAGGCGGUGUGGUUCAAGGCGGGGGCACAGAUCUUUAGCGACGGCGGGCUGGACUACCUGGGCAACCCCAGCUUGAUCCACGCACAGAGCAUUCUGGCCAUCUGGGCCUGCCAAGUGAUCUUGAUGGGCGCCGUCGAGGGGUACCGCAUCGCGGGCGGGCCUCUGGGGGAGGUGACCGACCCGCUGUACCCCGGCGGCAGCUUCGACCCGCUGGGCCUCGCCGACGACCCCGAGGCUUUCGCGGAGCUGAAGGUGAAGGAGAUCAAGAACGGGCGGCUGGCCAUGUUCUCCAUGUUCGGCUUCUUCGUUCAGGCCAUCGUCACCGGCAAGGGCCCGCUGGAGAACCUCGCCGACCACCUAGCCGACCCCGUCAACAACAAUGCGUGGGCCUACGCCACCAACUUCGUCCCCGGCAAGUGAGCCGCCCACGCCGCCUCACAUGUUCACGUACGUAGGACCCGUGCAUGCAUCUCGAUGGAUCGAGGAAGAAGAGAGUCUGUCUGUCUCUGUUGUGUGAGGUUGACGUACGUAUGUCGUCGCUGUUGGCUGUAACAUGAUGUGAGAUGUCUUGUUGUAUCGUCACCAUUGCAUUAAACAGUGUUCUUUUGUUGCUCGUUCAA